CCUACUCCAAGCACUGUAAGACUUUUUAGCUCUACGUACCGCCAUUCGACAUCCCGCCCUCGACCAGGCGUGCAGCCCAGCCCAGCACACACUACAGUCUGACAAGCAUCAGACGGUUCACUCCUUUGAUCAAUCACCAGUCGUUUCUUUCUACCUACAACACAUCACAGCCAAUACCAACCACUCACUUGUUCAAUCUACUCGUCAACUUUCCCAACAAACAAUAUUUCUCUCAGAAUGCAACUCUCCGCCCUCUUCCUCGCAACCAUCACCCUCCUCGCCUCCACCGUCUCCGCUCAGACCAAGCCUCAUGGCAUCGACACCGGCAACGAGGCCUGCGUGGGCCAAUGCGUCCGCGAUCCGAAGCUGUUGAAAUGCCCGAAGACGAAGUACCAACCCGAUCAAAACUGCUAUGUAUGCUGCUGGGCGGAUGACGACGCAGACGCGUUCGCGGAUCAUAUUGACGAUGACUUCGUGAAGGAUUUCGAUUAGACGGAAUUCUUGAUUAGGGUUGAUGUGACUUGUCAUGGGGGUUGCAGUGAUGGGGUGGGUUGUGGUGCGAUUAUAUCGUCAUGGGUAGGGGAAGGGGGCAUGACUGAUCGAGACUGUUGCAGUUCGGGGAUCAGGUGGUUUAUCAUGUGUGAAUGUUAAUACUAGGAAGACAGAAACGGAUGUAAUACUACAGACUAGUAUCAGUCUUUUACAUC